AUGGCAGCUUAUCUAGGAUCGAAUCUACUGUCCCUAAAAAUCCCCCGAGAAAUUCCCGUGGUGGGGAAUGCGCGCCUACGCGCUGGACUUUCCUUGGAGGGCGGAGCGCGCGGAAGGAGGAAGCGGCGGGACCGUUCCCAAAGGCCAGAAGCUAAGGAAGCGCUGCCGAGAGGCGACGAGCCUGGGAAGCGGAGCGGCGCCGGGCAUGUCCUGGAGCCUCUUGCCUGGCAGGGCGCGCGAGGACCCGGCGGCGCGAGGGGCGCCCGCUGCUCGGCCAUGCUGAGCGCCGCCUGGCUCCUGCUGGUCGCGCCCUGGAGCUGGGGGGCCAUCCUGGCCGCGGGAGGACAACCAACUGGAUCACAGGUGUGUGAAGCUGAGUGCACCAAAUUCUCCACCAAAAAAAUCCCCUUGAAAUUGUUGCAAAGCUACAAGAGGACGAAAUGUGGGAAGCCUGGUGUGCUACUGACCACCAAGAAGAAUCUAAUCUUGUGUGCCAAUCCAGAGGACCAGUGGGUACUGGAUGCGAUGCGUGAACUCGAUGCAAAGAAUGCCCCUCUGACAGUUGAGCCCGGUCGCUUUGACAAACUCUUGGGAAGUGAGGUCCCCACGUCAGCUCAAGCUGGGCAUUCAGCUUACCCCACAGGAACAUUCAGCACAGCUGCCUAUGAAAAGUCAAAACUUUCUGUUGUGAGAGCAGAAAAUCCUGAGUCCUCUGAGGUCAGUUCCACAUUGGUGGGGCCACAGGUUUCAAAACCUUCUAUGGGCUCCACUUCCACACCAGAAGUUGUUGUCUCCACAACUACCAUGCAGCCUGAACCUCCUGCAAAUAGAAGCACACCUUCUUAUUUUACUGAUGGACCAAAGAGCUUUGGGGAAGGACUUGCUCCAGUUGGGAAAGGCCUGGAGGAUAUCAGUGGAUCUAAGAAUGACUUGGUGGCACCACCUACACCUCUAGAUACCAAUGCAACAGAGGCUCUUGAUGAUGAGGAUCGCAAGGUGUCUCCUACACAAUCAACGCUCCAUUCCUCCAGCACUAUAAUAAAUCUACUUAAGAAAAAUUCCACAUCAAAUGCCAGGCUGCUGCCUUCCUCUGAUCAACAGGGUUUGGGAUUAAAACAAGUGAUGGAGAAUUCAACUGUUGGUUUCUCCACUGUGCCCCAAAGAGGGGGCUUCACUAGGCCCCCUGGCACACAUGCCAGCAUGAAUGGAAGCAAAACAAACUCUGUUAAAAACAAGAGUGACAUUGUGACGACGCCUGGGGAGGCUACAGAAGCCCCUGCAUCUACACAAGCAAACAGAGAUGCUUUUUCCAAAUCUUCAGGUAUUCUGUCACGUUCAGGUCUCCCUGAGGAACACUUUAUAGAGAAGAGCAGAGGAGAAGCCACGACGCCACCUACAGAAGUCUCCUUGCCUUUUUUGCCUAAUUCCCUGGCGAGGUACCGAAGUCACAUAAUCUCUGUGGGUUUUUUGGUGGUUACGUGCUGUAUCUACUUGGCUCUCACAGCAGUGUGUGUAAAGAGCCGUAUUCGUACUCGAGCAUCACCUAUGGAAACGGUACGAGGGCUGACAUCCUCUAAAAUUGACUCUCAGUCCAGUGCCUACGCCAUGCAGGAUCUUUGACUGGCUUGAGUCUUCAGCCAAGGGACAUGCUGCUUUUAUGUGCUGCAGUUAUCUAGGCUGUGGUUAUGAAGAAACCUGAGCAGAUAUUUAUUUUUUUAUCAGAAUGGGACUUGUGACUGUUUGUAGCUGCUGGACAGCGAGAAACAACAAAGUGGAGGAUUAUCGUUUAUUUGGAUGUCUUUUAGCUGGCUGGUUUAUAAACCAGGAUCUUCAAAUUCGGGAGGGACCGGCAGAAUUGAGAGCUCUUGCCUAAACCUUUAUCUGCCAAGUGUUUUUGUGUAAUGGCGGAAGCUAGACUUCUACCCCCUCCCCUCCCAGUCAAUGCAAAUGUAAUUUGCAAUAGGCAGUGUUCUGGCCAACCAGACAGGACCGGCUGAACACAUGAAGCUGCCUUAUAGCAAGUCAGGUAAUUGAUCUAUCGAGGGCAGUCUUGUCUAUUCUAACUGGCACCAGCUCUCCAGGGUCUCCGGUAGAGGUCUUUCACAUCACCUGGUCUUUUCAAGUGGAGAUG